AUGUUUUUAUUAUUUUCAGAUGGAUACACCCCGCUGAUGGCAGUAUGUGACUCAACAAAAGGAACCACUGAGCAAACUUUGAAGUGUAUUGAAAUUUUAUUAAAUGCAAAAGCUAAUCCUGAUGCUGUUAGUAAAGAUUUACAAACACCAUUGAUGCUCGCUUGCAAAUCCAAAGAACCUGAAGUGAUUACAUUUCUUCUGAAUCAUGUUAAAAAUAUUGAGAUGUGUGAUAAAGAUGGGCGAACGGCUGUAUUUUAUGCAGUUUGUGCCAAUAAGCCGGAAGUUUUGAAAAUACUGAUGAAAGCCAAAGCUUCUGUAGUAUUAGUGGACAGACGUAAUUUAACACUUAGAGACAUUGCUGUUACCAAAAAUUACGAUGAGAUUAAACAGAUUUUAGAUUUCGAAGAUGAUGAGAUUGAUAAUUAUUGUUCAGUAACAAAGAUAGUAGAUUGGAAAGAUGCAAUUACAAAUAUUACUAAUCCAGAUCCUGAGUGUGUAGAUCCAGAUAUUGCAAAUAUUUUAUACUCAUUAAAUUUAGAAAAAUACCGGCAGUCUUUCAAAGGAAUGAGUGUUAAAAAAUUUUUGCAACUAACUGAAAAUGAUCUUAUUGAAUUAGGAAUGGACAUUCAGUAUCACAGAAAACAAUUUAUGAAUGGAUUAUUUAAGUUUCAUUCUUCCAAGUGGAAAUUUUCGAAUACCGUUAGAGUUAUUAAAAAAUCUUCCGAAGUUUCAUUAUUCGAUGGAGUUAUAUCUUUAGGAAGUGUUGCUCGACAACUUAAUGUCAUCGGAUCAUGUUUUUGUUACAUGAGGAAUAAUUUCUUUGAAGGAACAAAUAAAAUUAUUCUUACAAAUAAAAAACUUUGUUUAAAAGAACUCAAGGAGACUGAACUUAAGUUGAGUUUGAUUAAAAAAGACUUUGAUCAAAUAUUAGAAUUUGUUGAAAAGUUUGAAAAAAAGAAUCGCGGAAAUCCACCAGCAGCUUAUAUUGGAGCAAAUGAAUUCAAGAAUAAAACAUCAUGGACGAUUUUAUUUACUGUUUCUAUAGUAACUGGUAUAUUUAUCACUAAGACUUUUUUUGUUAAAAAAUUGAUAAAUUAA